UGUGUGUGGAGCUGAAUGGACGGUACGGAGUGUAGAACUGUAGAUAAGCUUCACCUCCCGCGUCUCUCCUCGCUUUUCUAUCAGACUGUUUCUCCUCGGAAUAAAUGUAUUUAUCUAAACCCGCGGCUGAGAGGAGGAGAGCAGUAGGAUGGUGAUAUCAUGACACAGAGUAAGAAGAAGAAGCGGGUGAAUCGCAGUCUGCUGCUGGCCAAGAAAAUCAUCAUCAAGGAUGGAGGAACUCCACAGGGUUUCGGAGCUCCCAGUGUUUACCACGCCGUCAUAGUCAUAUUUCUGGAGUUCUUCGCCUGGGGUUUGUUGACGGCACCUACGCUAGUGGUUCUCCAUGAAACCUUCCCGAAGCACACGUUUCUGAUGAACGGCCUCAUCCAGGGAGUCAAGGGUCUGCUGUCGUUUCUGAGCGCUCCUCUGAUCGGUGCUUUAUCUGACGUGUGGGGUCGGAAGUCUUUUCUUCUGCUCACCGUCUUCUUCACGUGCGCUCCCAUCCCGCUGAUGAAAAUCAGCCCAUGGUGGUACUUCGCUGUUAUCUCGGUAUCCGGGGUGUUCGCCGUGACCUUCUCGGUGGUUUUCGCGUACGUGGCGGAUAUCACACAGGAGCAUGAGCGCAGCAUGGCGUACGGGCUGGUUUCAGCCACGUUUGCGGCGAGCCUGGUGACCAGCCCGGCGAUCGGCGCCUACCUCAGCCAGACAUACGGAGACAGUCUGGUGGUGGUUUUGGCGUCGGCUAUCGCCAUGCUGGAUAUCUGCUUCAUCCUGGUGGCCGUGCCUGAAUCGCUGCCUGAGAAAAUGAGACCGGCGUCGUGGGGGGCGCCCAUCUCGUGGGAACAGGCCGACCCCUUCGCCUCUUUGCGGAAGGUGGGUCAGGACUCGACGGUGCUGCUCAUUUGCAUAACAGUGUUCUUGUCGUAUCUCCCCGAAGCGGGUCAGUACUCCAGCUUCUUCCUCUACCUACGACAGAUCAUGAGCUUUUCAUCUGAAAGUGUUGCUGCUUUCAUUGCUGUACUAGGUUUGCUCUCCAUAGUCGCACAGACUGUAGUGUUAAGUUUACUAAUGCGUUCCAUCGGGAACAAGAACACAAUCCUGCUGGGUUUGGGCUUCCAGAUUCUGCAGCUGGCCUGGUACGGGUUCGGAUCGGAGCCGUGGAUGAUGUGGGCGGCGGGCGCCGUAGCUGCCAUGUCUAGCAUCACCUUCCCCGCCGUGAGUGCGCUGGUGUCCCGCACAGCAGAUCCUGACCAGCAAGGCGUGGGACAGGGUAUGAUAACCGGUAUCCGUGGUCUGUGUAACGGACUCGGCCCGGCGCUGUACGGCUUCAUCUUCUACAUCUUUCACGUGGAACUGGAUGAGGUUCCUGAUGGAGGAGAUGCUGUAGAUCAUCACGCUCAGCUCCACCAGCAGAGUUCAAUCAUUCCAGGUCCCCCGUUCCUGUUCGGGGCGUGCUCGGUGCUGCUGGCGCUGCUCGUGGCGCUCUUCAUACCCGAACACACGCAGCUGGGCAGCCGGACGGGCAGCUGGAAGAAGCACGCCUCGCCUCACGGGCAUUCGCACGGCGCGCAGCCCCCCGAGGCCAAAGAGCCGCUGCUGCAGGACUCCAACGUGUGACGGGAGGAUAUCCGGCCGGGGGGUUCGGCUACUCUUUCUAGCGCUGUGUGAAAGCUUUGAGAAGCCUGUCGAGCUCUUCAUCUGCACCAGUUUUACCUGCGUGUUGUACAGCCUUCUCUGCUAGGAAAGAGUCGGAACGCGGCCGCUCCCUCCGAAUCCUGGACUCGUGUAAAUACUGAAAGAUAUUUAAUGGCGGCUCUGUUGCGUGACACUGUCGCAGUGGCUAUUUAUUAAUUUUAUGGCUUUCUUUUUCUUCUUGCUGUGUUUUUUUAUAUAUAUAUUGCAUUUUUAAGUUGCAUUCCUAUCAUUUUUGCUCAUUGGUUUCGUGACCUACACAGCGUGGCUCACUCAGGGACAUGAAGCUCGGAGCUCGGACGGACAGGAGUGUUUCUGGACGCAGCACGUGAACCCAUUCCCUCGAACCCGGUUUUAUUUGCAGAGAGAGGAACAGUUUAGCCGAAUCAAACCUGCACAAUCUUCCUAUCGGCCUCAAACUAGCAAAUAACGGACGCCUGUCAAGCCAAAAUUGUUUGAUGUAAAUUGUAGUUUUGAUGCGUGUGAUCACAUGAUCACAUCGCUUUGAUUAGAAUGUGUAAAGACGGCUGCACAAGUUUUAUUGGAUGGAUUAAAGGUUAAUGUCUGUGCAUAAAUGCUCACUCACGUCCAUGAUUCAGAAUAAAAUUAAAUGGUUUUUAAGUUAGGCUAAACUAUUCUUUUACUGCAGCGUGUACAAAUAAUCACGGGUUCAUUUUGUAAGCUGGAUUCAUCAGAUCGCCGACCUGUCGCCGAGGUCGCUUCUCUCCAGACGGACGGACUGUGUAUUAUUCCAACCACUUCAGAGUUAGCGGUGCCUUCGAUGGAUUUUUCGGGCCGUUCCCAGUUCUGUGACACCCAAUGCUGCGUGUUUUUCCUGAUGUGCCGCGUGGAAUUAAACAUGUUCGGGGAUUAGUGAAACGCGCAGAGGUUUGGGGGUUCAGUAACGGGACCAGGGCCUCGUAUAAACUGCAUUACGAUAUGUUACGUUUACUUGUAGGAUGAGCAGAUGAAUUUGUCAGUGGCCUUGUAUACAUUAAAAUUUUUCUGAAAGAAAUAAGCAGAGGUUUGUUCUUUGAAAUGCCGUUUUGACCAAAUAAAUGAAACGAUUUGUUUGAUUUAUUUAUGUUUUACAUAUGAUGUUCUCCUGACUUUGAUAUCACUCGCUCGUGUACAGUGUUCAUGUUCCGCUGCCUUCUGUAGUUCAUUUUAACGUACAGUAAUACUGUCAGCAGCAGCUGGGUGUGUAAAUAUGACGUUACCUAAUCUAAACAUUUCAAUAAAAGUAUUUUUGACAUUC